AAACAGUAGUGGUUGCGACAACGAAAAGAUAAAAGAAAAGAUUGCUUUUCCCUCUGGUUCAAGCAAAGUAGGCCAGAAAAAUUCCUUACAAACCAUAAAGCCUUCACAUAUUCACCUGUGCAUUCUCUGGUUGGAUUCUGAAAAGGUUAGGGAUGAAUUGUCUCUCCUUCUCAGAAUCAUCAUAUUUGAGUUUAGCUUACAGUCAUUUUAUGCUUUACAUUUUACUCAAACUCACCACCCAAAACCAGAUUGAUUUAUCCAUGGUCCCAAAGCAGUUCCCGGAGAUAGCAGAGAGCAGUCUCAAUAUGCCAUACCCAAGUGUGCGACUACAAAUUCAAGAUCAAUAUGUGGUUAUGGAUAAUGGAAUAGUACAAGUUAACCUAUCAAAUCCGGGAGGAAUGGUCACUGGAAUACAAUAUAAUGGCAUUGACAAUUUGCUUGAGGUUCUUAACAACGAAACUGAUAGAGGAUACUGGGAUGUGGUAUGGAACUUUCCUGGAAGUAACGGCACAAAGGGUUACCCUGGUAACCCAUCAAAAAAAUUUAAGGGUUAUCUUGAUAGGAUGGAAGGGACAAAUUUGACGGUAGUUGUGGAAAAUGAAGAAAAAGUAGAGCUGUCAUUCACUAGAAUGUGGGAUCCCUCACUUAAGCGCAACCCUGUUCCAUUGAAUAUAGACAAAAGGUUCGUGAUGCUUCGUGGUUCCUCAGGAUUCUACUCCUAUGCCAUUUAUGAACACUUGGCAGAAUCACCAGCUUUCGAUUUGGACAAUACUAGGAUUGCAUUAAAACUUAGGAAAGACAAGUUUCGUUAUAUGGCUAUAGCAGACAAGAGGCAAAGAUUCAUGCCCUUGCCUGAAGACCGGUUACCACCUAGAGGCCAAACCCUGGCCUACCCAGAAGCAGUACGACUUGUCAAUCCCGCGGAGCCAGAAUUUACAGGAGAGGUGGAUGACAAGUACGAAUACUCAAGCGAGGCCAAGGAUAUCAGAGUUCAUGGGUGGGUAAGCGCGGACCCACCCAUGGGGUUUUGGCAAAUCACACCCAGCUAUGAGUUCCGAUCUGCUGGACCCUCCAAACAAUUCCUUAACUCCCACGACGGUCCAACCAGCCUUUCAGUAUUUCAUAGCACACACUAUGCAGGAGAGGAUUUAAUAAUGAAAUUUGGACCUAAUGAGCCAUGGAAGAAAGUUUACGGCCCCGUUUUUAUGUAUCUUAAUUCUUUGACUAAUGAGGAGGGCCCGAAUUCGCUCUGGGAGGAUGCUAAAAAACAGAUGAUGAAUGAAGUUCAAACCUGGCCCUAUGAUUUUCCAGCUUCAGUGGACUUUCCAUCAUCAGAUCAACGGGGUAAUGUCUGUGGUCGAUUACUAGUCCAUGAUAGGUAUAUUAGUGAGAAUCCUACACCUGGAAUUUGUUCUUAUAUUGGAUUGGCAUUGCCAGGGGAUGUUGGAUCUUGGCAAAGAGAAUGUAAGGGUUACCAAUUUUGGACCAUAGCUAAUGAGGAUGGCUAUUUCAGUAUUAAAAAUGUACAUACUGGUGUCUAUAAUUUGUAUGCAUGGGUCCCUGGUGUCAUCGGUGAUUACAGAUACGAUGUUGUCAUUACCAUAACUUCAGGUCUCAGCAUUGAUGUUGGUAAUCUUGUUUAUGAGCCUCCAAGAGAUGGGCCAACAUUGUGGGAAAUAGGCAUCCCAGAUCGCACCGCUGCUGAAUUCUAUGUUCCUGAUCCUAAUCCUUUGUAUAUUAACAAACUUUACGUCAAUCAUCCUGAUAGCAGAUUUAGGCAGUAUGGAUUAUGGGAGAGGUAUGCAGAACUAUAUCCUGAUGGAGACUUGGUUUACAUGAUUGGGAAUAGUGACUAUAGAAAAGAUUGGUUCUUUGCUCAAGUUACUAGCUCUGUGCCAUUUUUGCGAUGCAGGAAGACAAAUAAUAACACAUAUGAAGGAACUACAUGGCAAAUUAAGUUCAAACUUGACAAUGUUGAUGAGAGUGCAACCUAUAAAUUACGAGUAGCACUUGCAACUGCACAUUCUUCCGAAUUGCAAGUUCGAAUUAAUGAUCCAAUGGCAAAUCCUCUCUUUACAAGUGGAGUUAUUGGUAAGGAUAACACAAUUGCGAGGCAUGGAAUUCAUGGGCUCUACUGGCUGUUUGAAGUUAAGGUACCAGGAACUCACGUAGUGGAGGGAAAUAAUACCAUUUUUCUAACACAACCAUUAAGUAAAAGCCCUUUCCAGGGAAUCAUGUAUGACUACAUUCGUUUGGAAGGUCCCUCUCCUUCAAAUUCUAGCAAGAAUUCUUGAUUAAGAAUUUAGCACAAAUUUUUCUUUAAAAAAAAAAAAAAGAAUUUAA